GGGUUUUUUUUUAUUUCAUUUAUAGGUACCUGGAACGUCUUGAGAUCUUCCCGUGGUAGCAUCAGUUUCAGAGAGGAAACUACCAAAAUCAGAGGGGUUUGUGGGCUGUGUGCCACUACCUGGCAAUGUUACAAGAUCUUCUGCCAGCUCUUCUAUCCAAAAGGGACCAAAGAUAUAAAGUGGUUUGCUGCAUGCUUUCCUCGCUGACUCUUUGAGCAUCCUUUGGCAGUGCCAGAGUUUGUCUGGAUUUAUAUUGCUGGAAUAAACAAAAUGGCAGUUUUGUUUAGGGAGCAAAAUCUGUCUCGGCCUCUUUUCUGAGGUAGUGAAGUAGCACGUAGCCCUCACUGGUGAAAAUCAAUUUGACUUCAAAGCGGUUGCUUGGAUUCGACACCAGGCCUGGCCACAGGAGGAUACUUGCAGGCCUAACUGGAGCAGCUGGUGCAUCAUCAGUUCGUACCAAACAAGCACUACAGUGACAUAAAAUAUUUCGCACAUAAACCCCUACUUAAACUUCUUAAUGCUGUUUUAGAUAUCUGAAAGUAUUUGCAAAUUUCUUUUGGCUGGAAAAUGAGUGUGCAAGACAGAAAGUAAGGAACAUCCAGAUUACUUUUUUUUUUUUACCUUAAAAUGGCAAUUCAAAUGAAAAACAGCAUUUUGAUAUGUUUGAAACUACAUUUACAUAAAUUGGGGCAUUUAAACAGAAACAAAAUAGUUUAUUCCUAGUGAAUGAAAUAAUUAAUUUUACCUGAAUGGUUUAUUUUUCCCUAAUUCUCAUUUUCCAGUUAUGGUUAUGAAAGGGGAAAAAAAUAAUUAAUUCCAGGCUGACCCAAAAUAAGUCACUCAGGCUCUCCAAGGCUAAAGAGGUCAUGUUGUACCCUGCACCUCAUCUAGUGGCUCAGGCAUUUUGAAAAAUGUAAGCAGUUAAAAAAGGGGCAGACAGACAAACAUGAGUUUAAGCAAUCUGGCUAUCAUGCUCUGGCAAGCUCAGGGAGCAUUUCCCUCAGAGCAAAGGGAGCAGAGUUACACAGAGAUGAAGAGGGUUACAGCAAUAACCUACUUCCAAAUAAGUCAAGUUGCUCAGAAGGAUCAAGCCUUGCAGACGGUCACUGAGAUACACACAGGACAAUUUUUCUGCAGCCCAGAAAGCAAACAAACCAACCUGACUUCAAAGAAAUAACAAUGAGCCAAGCAGGCAGAAAGAGCAGCAACAGCAGUACAAGCAGUGAUUUUAAUCACAUUUUCCUACUGCAUUUUUCAUUGCUGAAGGGUUUUCACUGGCUUUAACUGUGACACUCAGCCACCGAUCAAGGAUGAAUGGUUUCUGUGAUCACCAUUCCCCAACAAUCAAUGCCACCAGUACUGCUGUAUUCAUGAUUACCCAAGGUGACAACCAAUUCAGAGCAGGUCCAUCCACUUGCCUGGAUCUGCCUGGUCUUAUUUCAGUUGAAUAUUUAACACAGGAGAAGAGCAGAAUAGACAUUCCUACUGCAGCAAUCACCAUGAGAAACGGAAAAGGGGUGAAGAAAAUAGAAGGCAACCAGUCCUUUACUUCAAAAUAAAAAAGUGAAGAAUCUGUUAGAAAGUUUAUUCUGAUGGCAGCCUUGGAAGAGGAUCUGCAGUGUUUCUAAAAAGCAGGGUGCAACUUAUGCACAGCAGUCUCCAAUUCCUGUAUUAAACUAAAACAACUUUGCUCUUUUCCACAUGCAUAUUUAUGCAAAUAAAGUGGAAAAAUUAAUGACACAGCUUUCCAAAUGUCACAUGUAUACACUUUGGUGGGGUUUAUAUCCUUUUUCAGAUCACUUUCCGAAAAUAUUCCAGCCUCUUACAGAGCAGCACUUAAGGAUUUAAAUGUCUUCUUAAAAAACGGCUGUGUUUAAGCACUUUGGUGUAUCAGGGAUAUUGUAGAGAACUUUAUUAACAGGAAUAUUUGAGCAAAGAGUAAAAAUAAACACAAAUUGCAAAGAAGACAAAUUAAUAAUUUGUUGUUAAAAAUAAUCACGCUGAACCCAUAGCUUCAAGAGCUGGAGCCAUCCCAGUCAAAAUUAUUACAUCGCCUGGGGAGUUUGCCCAUUCUGUACAGUUCAGGUGUCUAAUUGUGACCACUUGCUAUGACUUGCCCAAAAAUGAGCUCCAGACCAGGAAUUAAUUAUAGCAGUAAUCCCAAGAGCGGCACUGCAUGAUUAUGAACAGAGCAGACUGGAAUCUGGUCACAGAUUAUCCACAAAUGAAAGAACAGAGAUACUGAAUUAUUUCCUUUUACUGAUUUCUCCCUUUAUUAAUUGAUUUUGUGUGUAAUUUUCAAAGCUGUUUCAAUAAUAAGUUUGAUUACAUUUUCUGAAACAUUUGCUUUUUCAAUCUAGUGUUGCCUGUGCCCUAAAGCCAGAAGAAGAUCCACUCCUAUAAUGAAGCUUCAAAUUCAUGACAAUUUUGGGCUGUUAAGACACAGAAGAGCAUAGUUUUCUUAUAAAACUAACUCCCACCUGAAAACAAGCAAUUACCUAGCUACACAGCAGAAAAGUUACAUGCUUACCAGGUUUUUCCAAACCUCACAAAAGGGAUGCAAACACACACAAUGCUUCUGGAGCUGUACAGAUCUCAAGUGAGCUUGUUCUCACAAUCUAAAAGCUGAUUCCUGUGGCUCUGGGAAGAAAAAACAAACAAACAAACAAACCCCCAAACCACAACUUUUUCUCUGCCCUGUGUGAAAUUCACCAUAUUCAAGGACAGUUCUCCCAGCCAAUAAUUCCUCACUGCUAGCAGAGACUUUGGACAGGAGGAACCUGGGUUGAUCAGAGAAGAAGAUACCAAAAAAUGAAAAUGUAAUUGUAAGACCAGAAGGAGAAGGAAGAGUAAAAGGGGAAAACAGGAAAUUGUUAUUAACUGUUACAUGUAGUAGUAGCUUGCCUUUACAUGUAGCAGCUGGCAUAGUCAGUCUUGGCCUACAGACCACUACUCUGCCAUUUGUAGUUUUCCACCUAGGAACCAAUUUUGCAAACACAUAUCAAUUUAGAGAGAGCAGUAUGAGGGAAACACUAGCUUUGCAGGUCAUUUGGAAGGUGGUAACAGCAGAAGGUAUGACAAGGUACUAAAAUGAUGGCCGUAAGGAUGUAAGAGACAGAGAAAUAUCAGCAUAGCGCACAAGACCUUGGUAAGACCUCUCUGAAGACUGUGUACACCUCUGGUGAUCUUCCCCUCCACAAAGAUGAAUUUAAAUCUGGAAACAUGAAGUUAAGACCUGUUGGAGGGCAGUGACCACCUCUUUUAUACAGCACGAUGAAAAGUGUUCCCUUCCACACAGAUCAUGUGCAUACCAAAUGAAAAAAAAGAAAAGGAGCAUAAGAUCUUUCUUCAUGAAUAGAUUCUUCUGAAGAUAAAUCUCACACAAAGGAGAAAGGUUAACAUUCAAAGCAGAAGAGCUCUUUAAGUUGAAGAAUAAGGCUAGCACUAGGUCAGGGUAAACUGUUCUUGAAGAAGGUACCAAAAGAUUUCUAACCACUCCAGGAGUGAAGGACUCAGACUGUUCUUCCACGCGGGACAGCAAACAGCAUGAAACAGCGCUGCCCUCCAACAGGUUUGAAUCGGUCAGGGCAAGAUAACGGGACUCCCCCGGGCAGAAAAUAUAUUCAAGCCCCCGUGCCGGUAGGCAGCCUGCCGGGGGAACCAGAAGAUUAUUUCCCCUCUGAUGGGCAGCAUGGCGGUGGGAGAGGCCUUCCCCUAAGAUCCUGGAAAUAGAUCACGGAGCAGAGACGUAACGCCGAGGAUGUCAGUGCCCUGACUGGAGUGUUAAAGCCUCAGAGCCAGUGUUAGCGCGGCUGCCGACUGCCCAGUGUUAAACCCAAGAAAAGGACGGGACUUUCCCCAGCCCCUUGCAGAAACGCACGCAAUAGCCCAUCUCUGCUUUGUGCUAUUUUCUCUACAGCUAAAGGUGUUUUAUCAUAAAAACGACAUAAAAGUGUCCGUGUCUUGCUGAGUCGGACCGACUCAGGUCCCACUUGUCUAAAAAUGAUUCGUUUUGAAGCAGAAGCGCAGGAGAGAGACAAAGAGUGCAGCCAGCGCUGGCUUUCCGAACGAGCUCGCAGUGCCGGCGAUGGACUGGUUCCCGGUUGCCCCUAGCCGACAGAAGCCCCCCAGCCCCGACCCGCAGCCCCUCCGGGGUCGGAGCAGCCCAAGGUCUCUUCUCAGCGCCGAAAACCCGCUUCCUUUCUCCGGCGCCGCGAGGUAGGGUAGAGCCUCGCGGCAGCGCCCCGGCAGAGGUUUCCGUCGGGGUUGUCCCGGGACACUUCCCCCGGCAGCAAUCAGGCGGAGCGGAGAGAGCCGGCUAUCCCCAGAAAACUUCCUUUCCGCGGGCUGCCCGUGGGGCGGAGGGGGAGUGUGCGGCGGCGACUUCCUCGCGGCUGCCCGGGGAGGAGCCGGCGCGGGGUUGCCGCUCGCCAUCCCUCGCGGCGGGAGCGCAGCGCAGCCCAGCGCCCGCAAGUUUUCUCGCCUCCAGAGCCGGGCAGGGGAGUGCACCGAGGGCUGCGGAGGGGAGCCAGCCGGAGGGGGAAGUGGGACAGGAAAAGAGAGCCUUGCAGGGGAGCUAGGCAAGGGGCUGUGGACGAGAGCCUUGAGAGGGAGCCGGGAACCGGAGAGCGGGGCAGCGGCGGCUGCGGAGGGGAGCGCACGGUGGGCUCGGAAAGGGGAGCCGGACCGGGCAGCCUUGCAAGGAACCCGGGCUGCGACGGGGAGCCGGGCAGUGCCGCCUCGCACGGGAGAGUCUCGCCCCUCGCAGGGCAGCCGGGCAGACCGGCCGCUGGACCGUAGGAGCGCGGAAGGGACGCCGUGCCUGCGGCUGCGGCUUGCCGCCCCGGGGCCGGGCCGCUCCAGGCUCGCGGGUCCGUGGUGGGCGGGCCGGGGGCCGACCCCUCCCUGCAGCCCCGGGGCGGGGGAGCGGCGGCGGCCCCAUGGGCGGCGGCGGGGCUGGCUCUGCGCGGGGGCCGCCCGCCGCGGCUGGUGCCGCUGCCGCCCGGCCGCGGGUCGGCUGAGGCGGGUGGAGGGGUUGGGGCCGGGGGAGGCGGCGGGCGGCUCGCGGCCAUGUGGCGGCCAGGGGUGCGGGGGCUCCUGGGCCGUGCGUGCCUGCUGCUGCUGCCGCCCUGCGCCCUGGUGCUGGCGGCGGUGCCCGGAUCCACGUCCCAUCCGCAGCCCUGCCAGAUCCUGCGGCGCAUCGGGCACACCGUAAGGGUGGGGGCCACCCACCUGCAGCCCAGCACAGCCGCUUGGCCCGGGGAGGCGGCGGGCGGGCGGCGGGCGGGCGGCAGCCCCGAAGAGGUGAUCGCCGCGGGGCCCCGGGGCCGGCGGCUGAGGGGCGGCGGGGAGCGGCGGCUACACCCCUCGCCGCGGGACGCGCUGCUGCUCGCCGUGGCGAACCUCAACGGAGUGGCCGGGCUGCUGCCCUACAACCUGUCCCUGGAGGUGGUGAUGGCGAUCGAGGCGGGGCUAGGCGACCUGCCCCUCUUCCCCUUCUCUUCCUCCAGUGCCUCCUGGAGCAACGACCCCCACUCCUUCCUGCAGAGCCUCUGCCACACAGUGGUGGUGCAAGGGGUCUCCGCCAUUCUCGCCUUCCCGCAGAGCCGCGGGGAGAUGCUGGAGCUGGACUUCAUCUCGGCGGCGCUGCGCAUCCCCGUGGUCAGCAUCGUGCUAGGCGAGUUCCCCCGGCGGAGUCCGAAUCCCCUUCACCUGCAAAUGAGUUUAGAAAACUCACCAAGUUCUGAUGCUGAUGUCACUUUCUCAAUCCUUGCAAUGAACAACUGGUAUAAUUUCAGCUUGAUGCUAUGCCAGGAAGAGUGGAACAUCACAGAUUUUCUCUUCCUCACGCAACAGAGCUCCAGGUUCCACCUGGGAUCCAUUAUAAACAUCACAGCAAACCUCACUUCAACCAGCGACCUUCUGAACUACUUACAGUUUUACCUGGAGAGCGUCAAAGACACAACGUCUACCAUGGUGAUGUUUGGAUGUGACAUGGAAAAAACACGGAGGAUUUUUGAAAUAACUACCCAGUUUGGUGUGAUGCCUCCAGAACUUCACUGGAUUAUUGGGGAUUCACAGAACGUGGAAGAACUCAGGACAGAAGGUUUGCCGCUUGGUCUCAUCGCUCACGGCAAGACAACACAGUCAGUGUUUGAGCAUUACGUACAGGAUGCAAUGGAGCUGGUAGCAAGAGCUGUAGCGGCAGCUACCAUGAUUCAGCCUGAACUGGCUCUUAUUCCAAGUACAAUGAAUUGCAUGGACACAGAUGAAAGGAAUAUCACUUCAGGACAGUAUUUGUCAAAGUUUUUAGCCAACACAACUUUUGACGGUCUCAGUGGCCACAUUAAGGUGAAAGGCUCCUCCGUUGUCAGCUCUGAAAACAACUUCUUCAUCUGGAAUCUGCAGCAUGACCCUCUUGGGAACCCAAUGUGGACUCGUCUGGGAAGCUGGCAAGAAGGAAAGAUAAUAAUGGACUAUGGGAUAUGGCCAGAACAGGCCCAGAGACAUAAAAAUCACAUGCAACACCCCACCCGGCUGCACCUCAGAGUGGUAACUCUCAUUGAGCAUCCAUUUGUCUUUACAAGAGAUGUAGAUGAUGAAGGUCUUUGCCCAGCGGGGCAGCUGUGCCUGGAUCCUUUGACCAAUGAUUCAGCUGUGCUAGAUAACCUGUUUGAAACCCUUCAAGGAGGGAAUGACACUGUUCCUAUUGAGGUGAAGAAGUGCUGCUAUGGCUACUGCAUUGACCUGCUGGAGAAGCUAGCUGAGGAUAUGAAUUUUGAUUUUGACUUGUACAUUGUUGGUGAUGGAAAAUAUGGAGCCUGGAAGAAUGGCCACUGGACAGGGCUGGUGGGAGACCUUCUUGCUGGCACAGCUCACAUGGCAGUGACAUCAUUUAGCAUUAACACUGCCCGCAGCCAAGUCAUUGAUUUCACCAGCCCUUUCUUUUCUACCAGCUUGGGCAUUUUGGUGAGGACCAAAGACACAGCAGCUCCUAUUGGAGCAUUUAUGUGGCCACUUCACUGGACUAUGUGGCUGGGGAUAUUUGCUGCUCUGCACAUCACAGCUAUAUUCCUCACCUUAUAUGAGUGGAAAAGUCCUUUUGGGAUGACCCCCAGGGGAAGGAAUAGGAACAAAGUCUUCUCCUUCUCCUCUGCCCUGAAUGUAUGCUAUGCAAUCCUGUUUGGGAGAACAGCUGCCAUCAAACCCCCCACGUGCUGGACUGGAAGGUUUUUAAUGAAUCUCUGGGCUAUUUUCUGUCUGUUUUGUUUGUCCACAUACACAGCCAACCUGGCUGCUGUCAUGGUAGGAGAGAAGAUCUAUGAAGAGCUGUCUGGAAUACAUGACCCAAAGCUCCACCACCCAUCCCAAGGGUUUCGGUUUGGAACCGUGCGAGAAAGCAGUGCAGAAGACUAUGUGAGGCAAAGCUUCCCAGAGAUGCAUGAGUACAUGAGACGGUACAAUGUCCCUGCAACCCCAGAUGGAGUGGCAUAUCUAAAGCAUGAUCCAGAGAAACUCGAUGCCUUCAUCAUGGAUAAAGCACUCCUAGAUUAUGAAGUGUCAAUAGAUGCUGACUGCAAGCUUCUAACUGUGGGAAAACCCUUUGCCAUUGAAGGAUAUGGUAUUGGUCUUCCCCCCAAUUCUCCGCUCACCUCAAACAUCUCUGACCUGAUAAGUCAGUACAAGUCCCAUGGCUUCAUGGAUGUUCUGCAUGACAAAUGGUACAAGGUUGUUCCAUGUGGGAAAAGAAGCUUUGCUGUCACAGAGACACUGCAAAUGGGGAUCAAACAUUUUUCUGGGCUCUUCGUGAUGCUGUGCAUUGGGUUUGGUUUGUCCAUUCUCACUACCAUUGGGGAACACAUCGUGUACAGACUGGUCUUACCACGAAUCAAGAAGAAAUCCAAGAUGAAAUACUGGCUCCAUACAAGUCAGAGAUUACAUCAUGCCCUGAACACUUCAUUUAUUGAGGACAAACGCCAGCAUAAGACAAAACGAGUAGAAAAGAGGUCCCAUGUAGGGAACAGCCAGCAUGCUGUGUGGAAUAUGGCCAAUCUGGGCAACAGCCACCGGAGAAAAUAUAUCUGCACUGACGAAGGGCAAAAUGAGGUGGUGAUCCGACAGCACCAAGACAUCCCCCUGCCACAGGUGAGGAGAGAGACUCCAGCUUCCUUAACAACCAACGGGAAAGCAGAGUCCCUCAAUAUUGCUCGGAUGUCAGUGAUGGAAGAGCUUACAGAGCUGGAGAAGCAGAUCGAAAUCAUCAAGCAGGAGCUGCAACUCGCCAUGGACAGGAAAUCAGAGCUGGAAGAGUAUCAGAGGACAAACAGGACUGCAGAGCCCUAGGCAAGCAUACCUGGGCCCUUUCCCCUUUCUUCCUUUCUCCCCUUCCUCUGUAAAAUUUGUUACACACUUUUAUAAUGUCAGAAAGAGGUGCAACAAUAAAGCAGGCAAUAUGCUCUUCAUGAGAGCAGAAUCGCAGCAGCUCACAGCCACUGCCACCCUCCUGAGUCCUCCUCCUUCCAUAACAAGUUUAUCAUUCUCCUGGCAAAUAUCAGCCAUUCCUGAGGAAGUGGAGAAACAAGGAGCAUCCGAACAGCGAGAGUUCCUCGUUCCUCCACUUGACAGUACAGCAAGGUUUCCACUUUUUUAGCCCUUUCUGUGCAUUAAUUAAAAAAAAAAAAAAAAAAAAAA